CAGCUUUUGCUUUCUACACACUUUCUCCGUCUUCUUCCUCCACUUUAUGGCUUUUUCUGCAAGUGUUUUUGUCAACCUUUGCCCUGCUGCUUGAAGAUGAGGGGGAUAUUCACAUGUGGGGGUCUUCUGCUGGUCACGUUGCUACUGACUUCAGUGGAUGCCAAAGGAAAUCUCUAUGGAAGUCCACACAGAUACAACCUACACAAGUCUGGGAGCGUCCCGCUACACAACCCUGGAAAACCAAUGGGUCACCAUAAGAACUUCUGUGCUUACGUCGUUCAGAAGAACGUCACCUGUGUGAUGCAGGAUGGAGUGGCCACAUACGUCAAGCCGGAGUACACUACCAAGUGCAUAUGGGGACAGAAGUGUCCUGUGCUCAUGUAUCGGACGCUCUUCAAACCACAGUACAGAAUCGGUCAUAAAACCAUCACUGAACUGGAGUGGCGUUGUUGCCCCGGCUUCUCUGGAGAAAACUGCUUUGACGGGUCGACCUCUGACCCGGAUGCCGUGAUGCCACCCUUCAAGGGCUCGUUCCCUCGGCCCGGGGUCAAGGGUUACCCCAGGGGUCACCCCAAGACCCCCUUUCCUGGAGGACACCCCGACAACAAACCCAUCCCUAGUGGGUUCAUACCAAGCUAUGGUCCAAAGGCGGGAGUCUCUGGUGAACGCUUGGACCGCAUAGAAGAAAAUCUUCGUAGACUCAGUCAAGAUCUGGACACGUUGAACGGCCUGGUGUCUGGCAUGGAGGAGCGUCUGCGCGUCUCUCUGCGAGAGGACACCAGGAAGAUGCUGAGCUCUCUGCUCGGUGGCGCCCCCCGGCUGCUGGACACCUCUGUGGGCUUCGGGCUGAUCCCAGAGGGCACGCCAAACGGUUUGGACGGCGACGAGAACCUCCCUGGUUUUGGAGAGUUGGUGGGAAAUGUGAUGGAGGUCAGAGAUGAGCUGAAGGUCAAGAGCGAGAUGCUGGACGAGAUCCGUGGAAUGGUGAUGGGACACGAUGGCCAGUUAAAGCGGCUGAUAGACACUGCCACUGGGAGACCCAUCCCUGGGGAUCAGCGGCGCCUAGAGGAACUCCUGGACUCCAGGCUGGCCGGAGUGAGGGCCGAUGUCCUCGAUGGCUUUGAGAGGAGACUGACGGGUCUGGAGAGUCACUGUGAUGAGAGGAUUGGUCAGGUUCAGCAGCAGUGUCAUAACGAGCACUUAACAGGUCAAGAACAGAUCCAAGUCUCCCUGGAUGGCCGAGAGACGGGCUUGAGGAAAGAGCUGGGUGAGCUGCAGGCACAGAUCCUGGGUCUGACGGUGACCGAGAGCUGCUGCGGUGAGAUGAACAGCCUGACCCAAAGGAUGUUCCAGCUGGAGGACUCAGUUACGGGCCUGACCGAGUCCCAGAGGCAGCUACAAGUGGACAUGACUGAGCAGACGCUUCACAUCGAGACCCUACUGGAGAGCCGGAUGGUGGACAUGGAGGGUAGGAUCAAUGCCUCUGAACAUGGACACCAAGAUGGGUUCAGCUCCCUGGAUGGGUUCAAGACUUUGUUAGACGAUAAGCUGAAGACAUUGGAGCGACGUCUGUUCGUAGCGGUGGAGGAGUUGAGCAACGCCACGGCACCGGCGCUGCUAGAGGGGCAAGUGGUGCCAGCACUGGAGACGGAGAUCGACAGUGUUCGGAGGAGGGUGGAGGCCGACCUGGAUGGGAUGCAGAAGCAGAUGUCCGUCCUCGAGCUCCUCUGCACCUCUGCUUGCUCCCCUGCCUCUAGCCCGGACACGGCCCUCAUCCAGACGGAGGUAGAAGACUGCAAGGAAACAGAAAAGAAGAUGAUGGACCGCCUGGACGUGCAUUCAAGAAAACUGGACCAUCUCAACAGCACCUUACUGGGUCUCCUAACACAGCUGUCCCAGGAGGACAAAGAGGGCUCUAUUCAAGGGGAAAUCACACUCCUGAAGAUCAAUGUCAACUCCGUCAAUCGUACCUUGAAGGGUCUACGGGAUUCAGUCAGCCUGUUUGCUCGAGAAGUCGGCAAAGUGAACUCCACGUGGGAGGAACGGGAAAGCCGUUUGGUCACUCAGGUGCAAGGCAUCUCGGAUCUGGUGGAGCGGCAGGGGUCCAUGCUUGGGUCCGGGGAGCAGAGGCUGAUCCAGUUGAAGGGGGAACUCCAGAGCUUGCGGCGGAGGUUAGCCGGGGAACUGCAGGGUUGUCGAACCACAACGCUGGGAAUGCAACAGGAGGUGAUGGGGGUGGAAAGCCGAGUCACCCAGGUUGAAGGACAGUGUGGCAGCCUAAGUGAGUUGGCCGAUGACCUUGAGAGAAUCCGCAGUGAGCUGGAAAGACAUUCGGACAGCUUCCUGGAACAGGUCAGCGGGACACUAGAAAGCCAUUCUGAGCAGCUGGUCCAACUGAAGGACGGCCUUAAAGACUGCAUGAGCAAAACGGACCCCGCAAGGGGUGACGGUCAGUAAUCCUUCCUCUACAGAGAAACCACAAGGCCUGAGGUUGUACAAACUUGCAAUAUUUGUGUUCCCUCAACAGGGCAUGUUGUCUCCUAUUAUUUGUUUUAAGCCUUUAUACCGAGUUUUGUUAACUUAUAUGAAGAAAGUGUGACUGCAUUAUUAAACAUAUUUGACGAUUUGUUAAAUGAAGUAACAAACAUGCAAAACACAUGAAAGCGAAUGUUAUGACACUACUAAGUUGCCACGGGUCUCUGGCAAGUACUGUUCACUACCUUCUCAUCUCAGCAUCCAAGUCAUCUCCUGAUUUAAUUACUGUAUCAUAACACUACGAAGCUACACAUUUUUUAUAAAAGUUUGAUGAGUGUGAAAUAGUUUGUUUUAAAAAUAUAUUUCGCAUUAUUGAAAUGUUUUCUAAGAGAUUAUAAUUUUUCAUUAAUAAAAGCGAAUUGUGUGAACUGAAGAAAAAAGUUUGUCAACUAUUUCCUUUAUAUUCUGAUUAUUCUGAUGGAUCAUUUGUGGAAGUUCCAGUAAUGACCACCCAGUGUCAUCAAGAACAAACUAAUGAAACUGAGGCCAUAAAGGGAUAAUGGACUCUUAUUAUUACAAAAUAAACCCAAUUUGACAUUCAUGACAAGCUAAAUGCCAGGACACGCUGGGGGGAUUAUGUCUCCUGGCUGGCCUGGGAGCGCCUCGGUAUUCCCCCGGAAGAGCUGGAGGAAGUGUCUCGGGAGAGGGAAGUCUGGGCAUCUCAGCUUAGACUGCUGCCCCCGCGACCCUGCCCCGGAUAAGCAGAAGAAGAAGACAAGCUGAAUGGACAUUCAUAUGCUGAAUACGUGGUGAAUUACCAAAUAACUGGACACAAAAUAUUUAGUUAUAGUUUAGUUAUUUAAAUUAUUAAAUUAUUUUAUUAAAUGAGAACAGUGUUGUGCGAGACAUGAAACUAGCACCGGUCAUGUAGGUUAAAUUGUUUGCAUGUAUAGAAAGUGGUCAAUACUGUUCAACAGUCAUCAUACUGAAGUAUCUAUUCCAGAGAAAUAUUUUAUGUUCAUCGUAUUAAUGAUCAAAUGUUAUGCUAUACACAAAUAAAUCUUUCAUAUUC